AUGGUGAAGGUCGAUGGACCGCCGAGACCCCCUCGGAGCGGCAAGAAGAAGGAUUGGCAAUGGCAGUAUGGGAUCUGGCUCGGGGGCACGGCGUUUAGCGUCCUCUUUGCCUGUGCAGCAGUUCUGGUCAGCCCAGAACAGGGUCUGCUGGAGACGCUGGUGAAUGACCAAAGCGUCAUCGACCACGUGAACCUCAACGCGCGGACCUGGCGCGCGGGCGCAGCGCGCUUCUUCGAGGGCUGGAGACUUGGCGAGAUGCAGCGCUUGGGCGGGAUCAGCGUCUCCCAAGCGAAUGGGAUCCCCGACUGCAUGCUGCCGGCGUCCGUGGAGUUGCCAAAGAGCUUUGAUGCUCGGAAAAAGUGGCCAGCUUGCUUCGCGCACGUCUACGACAUGGGCAACUGCUCUGCCAGCUGGGCCAUCGCCGUGGCCGGUGCCCUGAGCAAGAGGUUCUGCAUCGCGAGCCCCAAGGACUACGGAGGGUUGAGGCUGUCCCCGCAGCAGCUCCUGUCGUGUGAGCCUCUCAGCAGAGGUUGCGGGGGUGGAGCCCUUGACACUGUCUUCGGCUACCUGAAGAAUAAGGGACUGGUUUCCGAGCCUUGCUUUCCCUACCAGGCCGAUGAUUCCGUCGCCUGCUCCCUCUGCGAGGAGGAGCCCAAGCGCCUGGCGUCGGUCUGCAGAGUGGCCAACCUACGCCAGGAGAUCUUUCUCAACGGGCCCGUGGUUGCACCGGUCCUGCUGCUGAACGACUUCCUGGUCUACAGGUCUGGCAUCUACCAGGAGACGCGGACGGCCUCUCCACUGGUGGAUCGAGAUCGCCAGCGCCAACUCCAGGCUGUCACGGUCCUAGGCUGGGGCGUGAGCGAGGCUUCUGUCGAGUACUGGAUUAUCGAAAAUGCUUGGGGCCAGGACUGGGGUGAGAACGGCUACGCGAAGAUUGCCGUCGGCGACGUGCCCAAGAAAAGGGGUAUCCUCCUCGAGGAGUUUGUCUUCGCUGGCACGCCCUUGAACCCCAAGGUUCUCUUCGGGUGA